AUGCCUUUACCCAAGUUGAGCAAUUUAGACAUUUCGAAACCUUCGAUACGAGGGUUCAUCAGACCAUCACAAGAUGCAAUAAGACGCGAAUCUCUUCCGGUCAAAAGAACUAAAGAAGGUUUUGAUCCUAAUGCUUAUAAGCUCAUGUCGAAGGUAAGUUAUGACUUCAGCUUAUCUCCUUCGCUGGGAGAGCCUAAUCUAGAUAUCACCGAAGAAAGGACAAAUUGCCUUACCAAAACCCAAAAGAAGUUGAAGGAGCAGGGUUACGUAAUCGACUCAGCUAGAGCAGGCCUUGGUUUUACUCCUAUCACACCGAUUAAGAUCUCUACUAGAAGGAAAGAGAAGAAGGCAGAUGCUCAACACAUUAGUGUCGAAGUGGUCGAGGAGGAAGAAGAAUGA